UCUUUUUGCACCGCGUCAGGCUACGGAAAUAGGGUCUUGCUACGGCGCCUAGACCCACUUAUUAACCCGAGUUCAUCGCCAGUAAACGGCAGUGGGACAACAGAGGGUUCUUAGAAUUUCAUGUAGAAACGGGGCAUUUUAUCGAGCUGCGGUCUGACAAUGGGAGUGAACAACAGCACCCACCGAGUGUCAUUUGAAUCAGACGAGCAUGAGAAUAUAAUGGUGGUGAAGGGCGUAUGGCUCUCCAACAAUGUCAUCAACCGCAUGAAGGAGCCAACAGCUCCUUCUAAACCCAACCCUGAUUCCCCGUCUCCACCUCCCACGGUCCCUACUCCACCUCCUCCUCCACCUGUCUCAAGGCCAGUGCCUCCACUAUUUGAUCCAAUUACCUCCUUGCCUCCUCUGUCCCAGCUAAAAGAACCUGUUGCACCUCCAGCUCCACCUCCUUCAUCUCAACCUGCUCCGCCAACCUCAAAGACCGUGUCUCCGCCAACACCUCCUCCUAAACCUCAAACAGAGAAGGUAGAACCCAAAGUGUUGCCAUUUUUAUCAACCCCUCCAUCGCCUCCAUCCUUCCCUGCUCCUGCCGGCUCUCCUGCUUCAGCUGUGGUGGAAGAUGUCACCCUGGUUACUGCUGCUCCUAUAAGUCAGCCCAUUGCCUCACCUUUGCCUCUUUCUCCCCCUACUUCACCUCCUCCUCUUGCUCUUACUCCUCCUCCUCCUUCUUCCUCUCCUCUUCCUUCCCUUAUACCUGUAGUUGAGCCAAUCACUUCUCCCCCUGCGAUUGAACCCAUUGCUCCUUUACCUGUACCUGAACCCACACCACCCCCUUUCCCUAUCAAGACUGAGGUCAUUCCAACUCCCCCUCCUCCUCCGCCUCCUGCUCCUGCCAUCUCAGAACCCCUCUCAUCCGCUUCAAUUUCGGAGCCCACCAUCCCUCCUCCUCCUCCAUCCUCAGGGAAUGCUUUGCCCUUGCAGCCCACUUCACAAUUCGCUUCACCUCCGCUGCUCGAUUUUACUGCUCCCUGUGAACCAGUUGCAACUCCUCCUCAGCCUUCUGUCAAGCCGGUGUCUCCACCUCCACCUCCAGCUCCUGCUCCUGAACCAGUGGUGGUGCCUGAGUCUAUACCAGCCCCUCCUCCACCGCCUCCUCCACCAGUGGUUGAUGAAGAAGCCCUGAGGAGGAAGAUCUCCGAUGAGCUCCAUAAAGGCUUUGAGCAGGAAAGGGCCAAGGCAGAACAAGAGCUACAGGCCUGGUUGGAGGCAGAGAAGGCCCAGGCAGCAGCCAAGGCCCAUGCUGACGCCCAGUCCCAGGUCCAGGAUGAAGUGUCCAGGAUGCUGUCUGCUGAGCGGGCCUUGGCUCAAGGGAGUCUCCAGCAGGCUCUUGUUAGGGAGAGGCUGGCUGCUGAGGACGAGAGGCACCGGGCUCAUGUUUUUGCCAAGCAGCUGGAGGCCAGAGAAGCCGACUUGAAGAAACAGGAUGCGUUCUACAGAGAGCAGGUGGCGCGGCUGGAGGAGAGGAGCGCCCAGUUUUUCAAGGUCACCACAGAGAACUUCCAUAAAGCUGCUGACGAAGUUAAUGCCAAGUACAGGCGGUAUGAGGUGUAUCCUGUGUGUGCAGACCUGCAGGGCCAGAUCCUCACGUGCUACAAAGAGAACGUUGGAAAAACCCUUCAUUGCUCCAACAUAGCGGCGCUUUACCUACAGUGUGUCAACAAUGCCAAACAGAAUAAGCUGAGAACGGGGGGUUAAGUACAAAGAAGGAAGAGGAGUGAGAGAAGAGUUUAUUGUGUGGGAUUACUGAUAAUUGACCAACUGACAGACAGAGCAAACUGCAGCUCAGGAGGAGCAGGAGAAGAAGGAGGAGGAGGAGGAGGAAUGAAUCAGCACCAACACACAAACCUCAAAUCCUAUCCUUCCUCCGCUCUUUAAAACCGUUUUUAUCUCCCCUGUGAGAAUAACAGAGACUCGGUGAUGCCGUCCAGCACCGACAGGAUUCAAAGGGCUUGAGCUCUGCUCGCCAAAGGGACAAAGACGAACCAGAACCACCACAAAACCCCGUCUGGAAAUCCAGCCUUCCAUUCUGAGUCACCCACGACCAUCUUUAGGAAAAGAAAAAUCUAUUUUUUGCAAAAGUGAAGUCAGUCUGUAUUUGUUAUUCAUUUGUUUUCCAGCUCCUAAAUCAUCCAUUGAACCUGAGACGAUGUUGCGUUUUCACUCAGACCCCGAGACUUGUGACGAUGUCUGAUCAGAGAAAUAAUUAAAAAUAAAUUAAACGAAGAAAAAAAAAAGUGUUGUUGAACUUUUCCUUAAUAAAUAUUCACUGGCUUCUGUUUCUCUCAA